UCAGGUGGGAGGAAGCGGCCUGGAAGCCGUGGCCAGUGGACCUGCAGGUCUGAGGAGAGGCAGCCCCGCAGGGACCAGCUCUCCUGGGAGGAUGGUGCGGAUCUUGGCCAAUGGGGAAAUCGUGCAGGACGACGACCCCCGCGUGAGGACCACCGCCCCACCACGCAACAGCACCCCUCGGCAGAGCUUCCUCAAUAGGGGCCACGGUGCCCCCCUGGGGGGUCCUGGCCUCCGGCAGCAGCAGGGGGGAGCCAGGCUAGGCGCUGCUCAGUCCCCCUUCAAUGACCUCAACCGGCAGCUGGUGAACAUGGGCUUCCCCCAGUGGCAUCUCGGCAACCACGCCGUGGAGCCGGUGACCUCCAUCCUGCUGCUCUUCCUGCUCAUGAUGCUCGGCGUGCGAGGACUCCUGCUGGUGGGCCUCGUCUACCUGGUGUCCCACCUGAGUCAGCGGUGACCUCUGCUGGGGCAGGCGUGGGGAGAGGGAGCUGCCAGGCCUCGGCGUGAGAGCAGGCACAUGAGGAGGGGAAGCUGGUGGUGCCUUGGAGGUAUGCUCAGAGAAUGCUGUUUCCACGCGGCGUUAAGCAUGAUGCCGAGGGCACCUCUAGUCCAGUCGUCCCAGAGUGUCGGGUGGAUACCCUCAUUCCCCUGAGAUGUUUUUCCGUAGUAUCGGGCUUGCAUUAAGCACAACGAGCAAGAACAGGAUUCCCUCCCCAUCCUCUUGCAACCCUUUUAUGCCAAGGAGACGGUCCCAGCUUGGUGCCGAUAGGUUCUCAUGCCUCUGGGAACCGAGCUGACUUCCCCUGGAACUAGGGAACAAGCCGUGGGCAUAGGGCAGGUGGGAAAAGUUUCCCGACUUUUAUAGCCCUGUUUUUAUUGGCUACCUUUUCUGUAUGGCAGGUGGUACUGGCAUUCAAUUUAUUGUGGUGGUGUUUUCAAUA